AUGUCAAACACGAUGUUUGGAAAGCUGGAAGCCACGCAAUUCUAUUUCCUCACGUUCCUGGUAUUAUGGACGAGUCUUUUUACUAUUAUUUGCUUUUAUUUGAUCACCCGCGACUACAAGCAGAUUUGCACUGAGGAAACAGUGUCGCCGUAUAAGCCCCAUCGUUUAUUGGCAAAUCUGAGUUGUGGAAAGUUGAUGGAAGGCGGUUCUGCGUCGUAUUCCCCGAUUUCGUUUGAGGAUCCGUCACAGUUGGCGAUGAAUUGCAAAGCAAUUAGAAGACGACGAAAUUUCGUUGAGAAAACUUACGAAGAAGAGGAAGACUUUCCAUUGGCAUUUGUGAAAACGGUGUACAUGGCAAGUAAAUUUAAAAAUUUUUUGCAUUUUUGCAAAUAUGGCAUUGGCGGCACAUCAGUUUGUCGGGAAAAUAAUGUGGAUUAGUCCAGCUUUGAAACUCCCACGAUCAUUUUGCGAGGGCAAGCCGGGGCAGGAGAUUUGGUGCGUCUGCGAUGAAGCCAGAAAUUGUGCUGCGACAAUUCCACAUUAUUUUCCCGACAGAACAAUAAUGAACGCAAACUCGCAUUGCCGGCGAGAAAACGAAUUGUGUCGCGGCAAAAUCCAAUUGUUUUUUGCUUCAGCGACGAUUAUUAGGCGCAGCGACAUUGUGCUCAUUAUUUUCUCGACAGAAUCAGCUCUUUCAGGACUACACCUGGCUGGAGAUGGAGCUUUCAACUCACUACAGCCCAAACAACUUUUAUUGUUUUGUCAUUGAUUCGAAGGCGUCCGAAGUCUUCAAAACCCGACUGCGCUCUCUGGCCAACUGCUUUGAGAAUGUCAUAGUUGCGGCAGAAGAGUUUGACAUGAGCUCAAUGGGUCGGAACAUAGUCAUAGCUCAAUAUCACGGCCUGAGAUUGUUAAUGAACACGAGGAAGGAAUGGAAAUACGUCUUUUUGUUGGAGGUAAGGGAGAAAUCAAGCUGUAAAGUGGAGCAUCAGUCUGUCGGGAAAGUAAUGAGUGAAAUAUCGUGUCGCUGAAGUGAAAAACAAAUUGAUUUUGCCGCGACACAAUUUAUUUUCUUGAGGAUGCGAGUUUUGAUGCGACGAAUUGCGCAUUAUUUUCCCGACAGAUUGAUAAAACAACUCUGUCACAUUAAAAUGCUGUUUCCAGAAUCACGACAUCUUGAUCAAGACCAAUUACGAACUGACUCAAAUUUUACGAGCUUAUGAUGGCGCCAACGAUGUGCAUGCAGUGUCGGUGAAGAGAUUGGCCCGUUGGCGAAGGGAACAGUUGAAGAAUUACACGUUUGAUGAGUUGGGGCUUUUCCGAGAUGGUAAGGCUAAAAAUACCAGUGUGUCGGGAAAAUAAUGAGCACUCUGUCGAAGCGAAAAUCGCAUCGCCGCUGAGAAAAUAAAAAAAAAAAUUUCAGCCACGGAAAAAUCGCUCAACAAUGUUCUGGUCAAUGUGAAAGGCUACAAUCAGGCGGUGUUGACGUUCGACGCAGUGGAUUACAUUUUUGCUGUAAUGUUAUAGCUGAUUAUUCCAAUUUUUCUAUUCAGAAGCUAAAUAUAACCACAAUGUUGGAGAAAUUUAAUGGCGACGGCCAUGAAGAGGAGUUCUUUACCAGCAGUUUGAAUGCGAAUGAUGCGAUCGGACUGCCCGGGGGCUUUACGACCAAGUGUCUGAAGAAAAUCAGUUUUCAGUCAAUGGUUCGGUAAGGAGAAGGAUUUUACUGAAAAGAGUCUAAUGUAAAAUGAAAGUAUUAUACCUUUACGCCCUUUUUCGAGACCCGACUCUUCGGGUCGUUGGCAGUUCGGGUCUAUACCAAAUCGACCGAUACGGGCCGUAGGGCAAGUGGAUACCCAAAACAAGGUUGUAGGAAGUGCCUGCGAGGCCUCACAAAGCCGUUGGGCGGUCGGCGGACGGUCGGCGGAGACUUGGUGAAGACUUGCAAUAUGUCCCCUUUUUCUGAUUUUAGUUAUUACCAGAGAUUGCCACGGCUCCUGAGCCGGCUCUUGGCUCCGGCUCUGAGCGGCUCCGGCUCCGAGCCGGGAGCCAGAGCCGGAAAUUUUGGGGUCGGCUCCGGCUCCCGAGCUCAAAGUCGGAGCCAGGGUUCCCAGCGGUCAGAAAAGUAA